GUUCGUGCAACGUGCAGCGCGGAUCUCGACUCGAGCUUGGCUUGCGGAUCAUUUUGAACUCUUUCCACAUAGAACACAUGGAUACGAGUGCGUAAAGGACCGUUCCUUCCAUUCAUAGCGUAGUUUUGAGGAUUGAGGCGUCCUCGAAUGAUUGAACGCAGUUCAGUUGAAAAAGUCGAGCCUGCAGAUCGAACAAUGGAGCCCUUUAUUCAGCGUAUGUUGGAACGUGCUGCUGCAAGAAGAGAGAAAUUGGACGAACAGUUGUCAAGUGUGGGGCAUGACGUUAAGAAAAGACGGAGUCCUUUGAAGGACGCAAACGCUCUAUUGGAACAAGCUGCAGCAGCAGCGAGUAGUCCUGUGAAAUCCCCAGUCAAACCCACGAGCAAUGUCACUGUCAAAUCACCUGUUAAAUCCUUCGUUUCCAAGAGUGUCAAGUCUGAUACCAAUGAGCAAACGACGCAAGAUAACAAGGAGAACGGCGAAGUUGCAAUUUCUAACGUCAAAUCUAAAUUACAGAGACUUGGAAAAUUAUAUUCCGAUGAUACUAAUAUCGGAUUAAGUUCUCCUAUACACAGGACGGAAGAGAAAUUUAACGCGGAAGAAAGUAUUAUUGAUCACAAACCGACGAAGAGAGGCGCUAGACUCGACAGAUUAGCAGCGUUAGCUUCCACAAUUAAUAAUUGGGAAGAUGAUCUGUCUCAUCCAACGUUACCUAGUGGAAAGAACAAAACACCAGACAAAGCGGAAAGGAUACAAGCAAAGUUCAAUGAACAAGUCAAAAGUGCGUCAGAGCCUCAGCCAAGCACGAGUAAGAACGUCAUGUGGGUCGCUCACACUAAUGACAAGAAGAUCAAGGAUCCGAGUCCAAUUAAGCAUUUAAAGUGGGACAAAAAUGUUCUAGAAAGCUUGGAAGCGCAAGGUUUUAGUCGCACGCAAAGCAAUACUCGCCUUGUGUAUGACUAUAAGAAUUUUUCCCAGGAAUUGAAGAAAGGGGUUACAAGAAGUUCGUCGCCUAUCAAGCGCGCAAGUAGCGUUCAUCGCCAGGUAGAAGAAAAGAAACUAGUCUCACCUGGCAAAUCCGAUUCGUCGAAAACCAAGAGAACAGACGAUGACUCUAGUUUGACCGGAAGUUCGGCUAACUCUUCUAAGAGUAACGACAGUAAAGUUUCUCAUACUCCUGAAAAACUUGCCAAAAAUGCAAAUACCACAAGUAGCUCUCGCUUACCCACGCGACUUGGAUUUAAUGGUUCGCCAAAGACUCUGGUUCAACCGUCAGGUUCGGUAUUGAGCAAGGCGUCGAUGUUCGAGGCCAAAAACGCAGAUUCGCAGGCAAAGGAUCCCGCUCAGAUGACGCUCGCCGAAAGAAUGGCGCUCUUUGAGCGAAAUAAGGGAGUUGGGCCAUUAAUACCUAAAGCUCCGCUCACGAUGUCCAUACCGCCCAAGAAAUUACAGGAGAAGUCUAACGUACCGUCAGGAUCUAACGCGGAUUCGUCUCCGAAUAAUCGAAACUCCAAGACUCCGGGAAAAACGGUUCUCGAGCAGUGCGCGGUGUUCGAACAGGGCAACAACCGAAACAAAGUCGAAGAAAUGGAGAAUCAAAUUUUGCAAGCCACUUACGCCGAGAGACAGCGCGAGUUGAACAUGUUGCGUUCGCGUUUCAACGCGAACAAAGAAACUGGAAACAGUCGUUCUGUCUGCGUGCGAACGAGCGAGAGUAGCGAAGGAGGCAAACCGUCCUCCCCCAAAAAUUCACUCAUUUGUCCGGUAAAACCGACACCCGCUCCGGACAACGUCACUGGUGCAGCUCCACCGCCGCCGCCGCCAUUGCCAUCGCCACAAUCCAAAAGCGUGCCGUGUAGCAAAUCUCCAGUGAAAAGACAAGUUGUUGGAAGUUCACCUAAGGUACAACACUUGAACGCGGUGCCGGACGUUAAGCGUAUUCGAGUGUGUCCCCCGAAACCUGGAUCUCUUUACCCUAAUCUGUCUGAGAUCGAGGCCACAACGACGGAGGAAAGUGAGACCGAAUCGCAAUACACCAGCGAGAACAGCACCGAGGCCGUGACAGCUACUCUCGAUGAGAGAACCGAUUCCGAAACCGACACCGCCACCGAAGCCGAGUUUUACGUUCGGAACGACACUGAUCGAGAAUCCGAAAGUGAAGGCACAAUCAAUUCGUCCUUUGGUCGUACAAGCCUUUGCCGCACCGUUUUGCACGCGUUUAAUGAACGCGCGUUGUUUAACAAAAAGCGAUCCAUAGAACCGGAUCCGGACAGCACGUCAGAGUUUUCAGCGCUCAAUGACAUGGAUCAAUAUUUGGACGAAUGUCUCGAAGAACUGCGUAAUGAGGAAGACGUGAAGGAAGAAGGUCCAACACCGCCGAAAGUGAAUAAAAGCGGAGCGAGUCCGAGGUGCAAUAGUAUCAUCAAGUACGUUCGAUCGAUACACUUUAAAUUGUUGUUAAAAGUAUUUAUUUUUUUCAACUAUAUAUCUGCAAAUAAUCAAUUGCUAAUUUACAGAUAUCGAUCGCCUUUGAAAACCGUCUCGUCAAUCCCAUCCCCGAAGAAACCUGACGUCUGCAUAGAGCAAGAUGGUCAGCGCGUACCGUUAACGCGCACAGUUAGCGCGUACAGACGAGAGCAGUUUGAAUUGGCCAAGAUGCGUUCGACUGCGAAAGCCGUGGAAUCUGAUCCAACUUCCGGAUCCGCGGAAAAUCGCGAGAACGAAUCGCGUUUGGUCGAGGAGAAAGUGAAGAAUCUGUUGGAACAAGUGCAACAGCAGCAGAAUAAAAUUGAAGGGGCAUCCAAAGCGUUGAACUUGUGUCUUUCUACCGUUGAGUUCAACGGCUCGAGCGAACACGUUGGAGGAGAAUGGGCUCUGCUUGUCGCCACUCAUAAACGUCAGGCUGCGUUGAAUGAGAUUCAGAGGUUGAAACGUGAAGGCACAUUGAGACCUGCCAAGCCAGGUUCGCCAGAAGUGCAAGGAAGCGGGUCUUUAACCAUUUCUGCUAUUACUUUACCACUGAAGCAAGAAUAUUUUCGAAAUAUGGACAUGAACACGUAUCUUCACUGUGUUUGCUUGAUGUACCACUUAGGGGAAGUGGUGGCUACUCAAGCAGCCACUGCCGAACCAGGUGAUUCGUGUCUACGUUUCACUUCAAUGCUAAAACUUGAAAAUUUGUACAGCGACUUCAAGAUCGAUGUUGAGGUAUAUUCUUUUCAGACGCAACCGAAAUUCUUGCCGCACGAAAAGAAAUACCAUAUCAGUCUUAACGCGAAAGCAGCAAAGAAAGAUAAGACACCAAAGAAAAAGAAUCAAUUCGUAAUGCCGGAUAUACAGAGCCCGGCAGGACCGACCGCGAUCAGAUCACCUGCUUUCAAACCGUCUGGUUGUUGUACUCUUACCCUAAAGGACGUAAAUCGCGAGCAAUUCGCUCUGCUCGGAAUUUCGUCGAAUUCUCCUUUGGAAGGAUAUUUGCGAAUGCGCAUAUCGCGCAAGCUCUCGGUAUCGGUGGAACAUCACGGAUUCUUGACCUUUUUCAAGGAUGUUACUAACUUACCUGCUUGGUGUCGAAGAUGGUGCUGGCUUAAAGACGCUAAACUGUACUAUUGGGAAUAUCCUGAGGAUGAACACAAGAAGAAUCCGAUCGGACAUCUCAACUUGGAAGGUAUGUUUACAAAGAAUGUACAAUUUGUAAAUCGAGAAAAAUGUGCUCGUCCUUUCACGUUUCUCCUCGAGACAAUGAGACCUGCGCAGCCGGAGGACGCCGACAGUCUUAUUAUGAAAACAAACGGGAUCGAAACCACAAUAGAGCAUCUUAUUUCAGCUGACACGAAGGAAUUGGGAUUGCAAUGGAUGUCGAAAUUGAACAAGACUCUGAGCUUGAUCAGAGCUUGGGGACCUUUCAGAAAUCCAGCUUAGAAAGAAAAAAAAAAAAACGUUUAAAUUUAUUAGACGUCGUUUAAUCCUCGCUUAAUCUCAAGCAACGUAUCAAGAAUACGUUCCGAUUACAUUGAGAUAAUGAGAGAUACAUGUUAAUAAUCGCGACAUAAAAUGCUUCGACAAAAUACUUAGCAAAGAAAACAAAAAUCCGACCUGCUCUUAUAAUCAUGUUAAAAUAUAUAUACUUAUUUACGUCUAAUCAAUAUAUAUAUAUAUAUAAGUAAUGUGUGUACGCAAAAAUAAUCAUAAUUUUAAAACAAUAUGACUACAAUAUACGUAAACUAAUGCAUAUAUAAAUGCAAGUGAUUUCAAGCGUUAAGAAACAUACAGAAUGUUAACGGAACUACGUUCCGUCAGAGUCAAAUUUUUAUUUUUUUUUUUUUCUAACCAUCAUUAUAAAUAAUAAAUUUUUUUUACUGACAUCUUUAUUUUAUAGCUUUAAUUUUUUUUUAUUUUAUUUUUUUGAUGAGGACGUAAUCUGUGGAAGUUUUGUCAACCUUAUUUGAUUAAUUUACAGACCGAAUUGAAAAAGACCGAUUUUUUUGAGCAAAAUAUCUAAUGUAUACAUAUAAAAAUAUCUAGUAUAUAUAUGCGAGUGCGUAUAUUAAACGUUCAAUGCGAUAUUUAUAUUUUUAUAUCGGGACCACGCGCGCGUAGUCUAACGCUCAUGGUUGAUCAAAAAGUGCCAUAGAUGGAAUUUGACGGUGUUUCAAUUGCAAGAAAGAGAAAACACUUGGUAUAUAUUGUUUCGGUGUCGCACACGUGUGAAAACGUGAGGGUUUCGAUUGUAGGCACAAUUAAAACCGCUUUUCUCAGAUUGUGCGCUUAUUUCUUUUAAGUUUUCGAGAAAACUGGUUUGGUUAUGUAUGUUUAUAAAGCACCAAGCAACAAAAACAUACUCUUCUAAUAUACGUAUUAACGUUGCGAUACGUCGUUAUCUCGGCGCGCAAAAAAAAAAAACAAAAAAAAACAAAAAACAAAAAAAAACAAAAAUUGUAAAUAAUUUACUCACAU